AUGCAAACUGUGUAUAAGAGUGAGAAUUUAGUUGAGAGCAGCAACUUUUUACUGCGGAGCCAUGAGUCGAUAGAGGACUUGAUAGAAUUAAGAGAAAUAAAAGAAGAGAAUGAAGAAAAUUACUUAAAUUACAAUAUAGAAGGGGCAUUAAAUAAAUGUAUAGAAGAUAAAAAGAGCGUAUUAUUUCUAAAUAGAAGAGAGAUUAUUACUAAUACAGAUUCCAUAAAUGAAAAUAAAAAAUAUGAUUAUGGUGUAUCUGAUCCUAUAUCAUUAAAUAGUCCAACAGAAGAGGAUUUAAAAAAAGGAAAUGAUGUAUUAGAAUUAUUAAAAAGUUAUAAUUUAUUUGAAACAGAAUAUGCAUUAAAAAAGAGAGAAAAAGUAUUAGGUAUGAUAAAUAAAUUAUUUCAUGAAUUUGUAAUAGAGAUAUCAAUUAAUCAAGGAAUAAAUGAAGAUGAAGCAAAACAUAUACAUGGUAAUUUGUACACAUUUGGUUCCUACAGAUUGGGUGUGAUAACACCGAAAAGUGAUAUUGAUUGUAUUUUUCUAGCACCUCAAAAUAUAACAAGACAAAUAUUUUUUAAUGAAUUUUAUUUAAAAUUACAACAAGAUAGGAAUGUACGAAAAUUGCAAGCAUUACCAGAAACAUAUACCCCUAUAAUUCAAUUUAUAUAUGAUGAUGUUGAUAUUGAUUUAUUACUAGCCACAUUACCAUAUAGAACCUUAAAAGAUUGUCAGUAUACGUUAGAUAAUGAUUAUAUAUUAAAAAAUUUAGAUGAAGUAACAGUCAGAUCACUGAACGGUAUAAGAGUAGCAGAUAUUAUACUAAGUUCUGUACCUAAUAAAGAGAAUUUUAGAAAUACAUUAAGGUUUAUAAAAUUAUGGGCAAAAAGUAGAGGUAUAUAUAGUAAUAUCCUAGGAUUUUUAGGAGGAAUAUCAUGGGCAUUGUUAACAGCAAAAGUAUGUCAACUUUAUCCAAAUUAUAAUAUAAGCCAACUAAUUACCAAAUUUUUUAGAGUCUAUUCUAUAUGGAAUUGGAAAUAUCCUGUUCUUAUACAAAAUAUAAAGAUGUAUAAUGUGGAUGGUUUGAAAAAUUUCCCUGUAUGGAAUCCUGAGAAAAAUAUCAAAGAUAAAUUGCACGUAAUGCCAAUUAUUACUCCUGCCUUUCCUUGUAUGAAUUCCACUCAUAAUGUUACGUAUUGUACUAGAAGUAUUUUAAUAGAGGAGUUUAAACGUGCUCAUUCGAUAAUAACUUAUAUGGAACAGAACCCAGGGAAGGACCUAUCAUCUUUCAUGAAUCAGGUGAACAGUAUGAGUAAUGUUAAUGAUAUGUAUAAUAAUAAUAACGAAAUGAUAAAGGGUGGUACACCCACCGUUACAGCUACUUCUAGUGGGAGUACCAGUGUUUGGGCAAACAUCUUAGAACCGCUAAAUUUAUUUUCAUCAUAUAAGCAUUUCUUACAUAUACAAAUUAUGGGAACGGAUGAGGCCAUUUAUAAUUUAUGGAAAGGAUGGAUUGAGAGUAAAAUUCGAUUAUUAUUUAAAAAGCUAGAAACUAUUAAUGAACUAAAAAUUAGACCAUAUCCUAAAUUUUAUACAUAUAAAAAGGAUAAAAUUUACCAUUCCUCUUCGUUUUUUAUUGCUCUUCUUUUCUUUUUCAAAAAUACCUAUUAUGAUAACACUCAUUAUCCUAAUAAAACUACUGCUAAUGGUGGAAACAUUACACUUAAUCUAUCUUACGCAAUAAGAGAUUUUAUAGAAAUUGUUUUGAAUUGGCCACAAAAGACCAAAUACCCGAACUCAUAUAAAAUUAAUAUAAGUUACCAAAAAAGAUCACAGGUUCUAGAAUUUUUAUCAAGUACAUCUAACACGGACGGUGAGCAGGACAUCAGCAGUAAAAAGCGUGAAAAAGAAAAAAUUUUAAAUGAACUAGAUACUAUCGAUAAUAAUAAUAGAAUCAGUAGUUCCAGUAAUAAUAAUAAUAUGGAAAUCUCUAACGAACACUGUCGCGGUGAGGAGGAAACCAUAGUGGACGAAGAAGAAAUGUACAAUCGUUUGAUUAAUUAG